CAACGCCCCGUCCCAAUCCCCCCAACCUCGCCAGCGCCAGCGCCAGCGCCACGGCCACCCUCACUCCCAUCUCCCAUCGUCUCACCUCUGACGCGCAUCAUGGAUUUCCAACCGCCCCAGAAUGGAAUGUAUGAUCCGUCCAGUUUCAUCGAUCCGAGCGCCAUCACAAAUGGCCAGAUGAACGGCGCGCGCUCCUAUCCAAUGUCUUCGGUCCCCCAGAAGCGAGACUCGACAGGCGCGACUCUAUCGCGCUCUCAGACGCCAUCGCAACAAGCUCAAUUCGGCUUCCAACAGGGCUUCUCACAUACUCCUUCCCCUACCAUGCAAAACCAACACUUCCGACCUGGCCAAAUGGCACCGCAAAGGAUGCAAACCGCAUCACCCGCGCAAAAUCCUCACGCCCCUCAGAUGUCCCCCAUGGGAUACUCGCAGCCUUCGCCCAUGCCCCAAAGCUUCGAUCCCAAUCCGAACGGGCAAUUUCCAGUUCAAUCCGUUCAGCUAUCGCAGAACCUCCAGAGUCGACAGGCGGAAGCGCAGAGGCAGUACGCGAUGCGCCUACAGCAGCAACAGCAGUUGGGCAAUCUGGCUGCUAGCAACAUGGCAGCGCAACAGAGGCAUCAGACUGGUCAAAUCCCCCCCCGGGGUGCUCCCCAUCCUGGCAUGCAACAGCAGCCACAAAUGAUGCCCGGUCAAAUGCCUCAAAUGCCCAACCAGAUGCAAGGUGCUAUGCCGGGCCAGAUGCAGAACCCUAAUCAGAACCAGAUGCAAAAUCCAGUGCCAGGUCACAUGCCAGGCCAAGUUCCCGUGCCUGGACAGAUAGGGGGCCAGAUGCAAAAUGCCCAAUUGCAAAUGCAGCAAAUGCAGCAAUUCCUCAACAACGUAAAGUCUCUUAUGGCCCAGCACGGACGACCAUUCAAUCAUCGUCCGAACGUUUGCGGGCGGCCCACCAAUCUUCUCCAAUUGUAUACAGCUGUAAGCAAGUUCAAGGGAUCCCAGAUGGUCACACAAAAUGGGCAGUGGCCUCAGAUUGCCCAGAUGAUGGGCAUCCCAGUGAACCAAUUUCCCAGUGCACCUGAAGAACUUCGCCUUGCCUACGAGAGUCAGCUAGGCCUCUACGAAGCCGCUUACAUACAGAAGCAGAAGCACCAACAACAGCAGGCGCAAAUGAAAGGAAUGAACUCAAUGCCCCCACAAAUGGGAAACAUGGGUCAGCAGAUGUCUCCGAACAGGAAUGCUGUCCCAGGCACACCGAGUAAUCCAUCGUCGCACCAGGAGUACAUGAUUCAAAUGCAAAAGAAGGCAGUGAUGCAACAGCAACAGCAACAACAGCAGCACCAACAGCAACAGCAGCAACAGCAGCAACAGCAGCACCAACAACAGCAGCACCAACAGCAGCAGCAGCACCAACAACAGCAACAGCACCAACAAAUGCCACCUCGACAAGUUGAUCCUAAUGCCCAGCAGCCGAACCACCAGCAACCGCACCAGUUUGAACCUUCACUCCAACAACCGCCACAAACGACACCGACUCCAAGGAAUGUUACACCGGCACUUAUGAAUGGUCAAGGUACACCGCGUGCGGAUGGGGUUGUUCCCAACCAGAAUCGAAAAAGUCUCAGUCGUCCCCUUGAGGGUACUCCCGGGCCGGGCCCAGAACCUGGUCGAGCGACUGCAUCGCCAUCUAAACCGGAGACAAAAGAACCCACCGCCAAGCCUACAGAUCCCGAGAGAGAUUUUUUUAUAUCCGACGAUGGCUUCUACCAACCCGCUACAACCACCAUUAAGGAUACCUGGGGUCUACUAGGAUUCCAAUCAGAGCUGCAGAAGUUGGUCGAUCAGAAAUUGCAAGUCAUUCCCAAUGUGCCUGAGAUACGGGAGAUGGGUGUUGUCGAUGUAAGAGCGUUGACCAUGAGUAUUCGAUCCGGUCUUCAUGCGGAGACAAGACUCGCUUUGGAUAUUCUUUCUAAGCUCACUAGCGAACACAACCUCCACAUUGAUUUAGAGCAAUGUGAGGACUUGACUGACGUUUUGGUCGACUACGCCGAGGGACAAUUGGAGCUUCUAGCCAACGACGUCCCCGAAGUGACUGACAUCAUCGACCUUACUUCGUAUGAAGACGUUACACACAACUGCCAAGUAGAAGUCAGUAAUCUCCAGGAUCAUCCUCAAUUCGGCACCAAAGAGUACGAGGCCGACCGCACUGCGGAUCGGCUGAUUGCUAUAACGGGUAUAUUCCGCAACCUAUCUUUUCUGGAGGUCAAUCACGUCUCUUUGUCGAAGCCUUCCGUAUUGAAAUUUAUCUCGAAUGCAAUACGGCUUGUUGGGACACGUGUGCUUCUGCUGCGCUCUCACCUCAACACCUUCGAUUUCAUGAAGGACUUGGUUACCUUUCUCUCCAACAUCAGCACCAGAAUUGUAUUGCCAUCCCGAGAUGAUGCGUAUGCAAUCUUGCACUUCUUGUGUGCAUUUGUACCGAACCCUCGACCUGGAACACCUGUCCGAUUUACACCGUACAACCCACGGACACACCGCUAUCUUCCAUCAGCCGUAGACAGUCUUGCUAAACUACUAGCUCGGGACGACCCUAAUAGGACAUACUACAAACAGAUCUUUGCUAACGAAGCCUCCUCUGAUCCGCCUUAUGAUCUUCUCACACGCGCUUUCGCCCUCGCCGUUUCUGUCAUUCCCGACCGAACCGAGGGUAGGCUGCAUGACGUGGCGGAGGUGCGUCCCAAAGAGCUUCGAGCAUACGAAGCGCGGAUUGCCGAGGUGCGCAAGGCAUUCCUCAUGCAGGGUAUGCUCGCCGCAGACAUUCUGGCCAGUCUUGCACCCGGCCCCGACAGUGGCAUCUGCCGCUCCUGGCUCGAGGCAGAGGACGGGUGGGCUAGCAGUCUUUUGAAAUUCGCGAUGUCACUCGCUACCAUGGAGGGAACGAACCCUCCGCCACCACCGCCUACUCAGCGUGGCCAACGCCCCAUGACCGAGGAUAGAGAGAACUUCCAACUCAUUGUGCACCGGGCGCUGUCGAUGCUGAGGCGGUUGGGAGAAAAGUCCAAGGGCACGGAGGUGUUGGUGAAGAGCGUGCAGGUGAAUGGUGUAAAUCAUGAAGAAGAAGAUGAUGAUUACGAUUUCGAGGAGUUAGAUUUUGGAGGUGCAACUUGGAAAGUCAAAGCCGACAUCCUUCCUAGAAAAGAGACCGUCCUCGGUGCACUUCUCAUGACAGCUAUGGACUCCAAGUCCUUGAGACAAUAUUGCGGGCUUGGGUAUCUUGCGGAAUCAUAG